AUGGCAUUUCAUAAAGGCUUUAGUGGUUAUUUAAAUUUAUUUUCUAUGUUAUUGUUUAUGAUAUCAUUAUGGGCAGCGCGACUUGUUGAAGGCUCAAGGGCAGAAUUCGUGACAUGUGGAACUAUUUUAAAACUAAUGAAUACAGAUUUACGAUUGCGGCUUCAUUCACAUGAUGUGAAAUAUGGUUCGGGAUCAGGCCAACAGUCGGUGACAGCUCUUGAUAUAUCUGACGAUCAUAAUAGCCACUGGCUAGUUCGACCUGCCAUGGGAGAAACAUGUAAAAGAGGAGCUCCAAUUAAGUGUAAUACUAAUAUUAGAUUACAACAUGUGAGUACUAAAAAGAAUUUACACUCGCACUACUUUACAUCACCCUUGUCGGGGAACCAAGAGGUUUCUUGCUAUGGAGAUGAAGAUGGAGAGGGUGACAGUGGUGAUAAUUGGACUGUUGUCUGCAAUAAUGACUACUGGAGAAGAGACACUCCUGUCAAACUAAAACAUGUUGAUACUGCAGCAUAUCUAGCAGGAUCAGGCAGAACUUUCGGUAGACCGAUUAGUGGUCAGGGGGAAAUAGUUGGUGUAACUUCCCCAUACGGUGCAUAUACAGACUGGCAAGCACAAGAGGGACUUUUUGUCCAUCCAAGUGAUAAUCUACCACAUAUUCAAAAUGCAAUUCACACUGAGUUA